UCAGAAUCAUGAAGGCAUGCAUGUCCCAAGCAGCAAUAAACUGGACCUUCGGGAGAUAGUGUUUGUUCUCCAGAGUCAAAGCAACUCAUUCCAUGUGAGGAAGGCAGAAAGGCAGAGGGCAGAUUUACUGAAGCAGGCGCAUGGUCUCACUGAGAAACAACCUGUGGUUUUGCUCCUACACACUUUAUCAGACAAUGAGGGUGAUUGGAGUAUACUUCCACUUCUGCCUUACUUUUCCCAGUCUUUUGGGAAAAACUCAUCCUGGAUUUUAUUUCUUGAGGAGGAAACAAAUGUGAAGAUGGUUACGCUUCUUCAAGCUCUGGCAAAAUUUCACAAGAGUAAGGAGUGGUUUCUCGGCAAGCCUCUCCAUGAUGAGGAAUCGACCAUUAUCCAUCACUAUGCCUUUGCAGAGAAUCCCUCAGUCUUUAAAUAUCCAGACUUUGCUGCUGCUUGGGCUUUAAGCAUGCCCCUGGUUGUUCGGCUUGCAAACAAAGUGAGAAAUGAGCCACUGAAAUCAGACUUCACUAUUGACCUAAAGCAUGAGAUCGCUUUGUAUAUCUGGGACAAUGGGAAGGGACCCCAUCUGACUGCUGUGCCUGAGUUCUGCACAGAGCUAGAGGGCUCUCCUCAUACUCAGCAAUGUGCAACCACUUUAAGCAAAGACCUUCCACUGUGUGGGAAGCCUGUAAAUAAAGAAGACAUAUUUGUUGCUGUGAAAACCUGCAGAAAGUUUCACAGUGAAAGAGUUCCAGUGAUAAAGAAGACUUGGGAAAAGGAUGCCUUAUUUUUAGAGUACUACAGCGACCAUGCCGAGGCUUCCAUACCAACCAUUAAUUUAGGAGUGCCAAACACUGAGAGAGGUCACUGUGGGAAAACAUUUGCAAUCCUUCAAAGAUUCCUAAGCAGCGCUGUCCCUAACACCAAGUGGCUUGUUAUUGUGGAUGACGAUACACUCAUCAGCCUCCCCCGUCUACGAGUCUUGCUGAGCUGCUACGACCCCUCUGUGCCUGUGUGCCUCGGAGAGAGAUACGGCUACGGAUUGAGCCAAGGUGGUUACAGUUACAUCACAGGAGGUGGAGGCAUGGUGUUCAGCAGGGAGGCUGUGGUCCAACUCCUCAAAAGCGGCUGCAAGUGCUACAGCAAUGAUGCGCCAGAUGACAUGGUGCUGGGAAUGUGCCUCAAUGCUCUGGGGCUUCCCAUCACGCACAGUCCUCUAUUUCACCAGGCACGCCCAGAGGACUAUGCUAAAGACCUCUUAGCUCACCAGGUCCCCAUCUCCUUCCAUAAACACUGGAACAUUGACCCUGUGGCUGUUUUCAAUAAGUGGUUAAGGGAUGACUGGAGGACAAAUACUUCAGACAAACACGAUGACAGGAUUAAAACAGAAUUAUGAUUAGAAAAUAACUCAACUGUGGUGAUGUUUAUGCAUACACUGAAUGUCUUUGUUUACAAAGGAACAUGGUUUCACUCCACAGAUGUAAAUAUUUUCUAUUGUUACUGUUUAAAUAUGAUUAUUAAGAGAAAGUGCGUGUGUGUGUGUGUGUGUGUGUGUGUGUGUGUGUCUUCAGGUCUGGGUCUGCAUGUUAAGGUUAUGUUUCAUUUAUAAAUAACUGUAUAUUUAUAUAAUUUGAUCCUUGUAAACACAUCACACUGUUCAUAGUUUUUUUUUUUCUCCACAAGAUGCUGAUAUCUUAAAAAAAAAAGAAAUUCUUUGAAAAAUGAUCAAUGAUGCUGUACAAUAUUGUCAAUUUCAACAUAAAGGUAUUCAUACUUUAA